AUGCUGCACCACGACAAUGCUGCCCCACACAAAGGUCGCCUCACUGUGCAGUUCCUGGAGCAGCAGGGGAUCACACUUCUCCCCCACCCACCUUACUCGCCGGACCUUGCUUCUUGUGAUUUUUGGUUGUUUCCAAAUCAAGGAUAUGAAAAAGCCUUUAUUAGUAUACAAAAAGCUCUCAAAUAUGUAGCGUCACACCCCAGCCUUCAGCUACACGACGCUGCAGUACGCAAAGAAAAUAGGGUUGUCCCAGUAAACGCAGUGACAGUGAAUGCUGUUACUACAGAUCACACGAUGUAUCGCCCUCAGAAUGUCAGAAAUAUACAUUGUCAGAGGUGUGGGCGAAAUAACCACACCAUUCAAAAUUGUAGAACCAUAGAAUGCUUUAGAUGUCACAAGUGGGGACAUUUCGCGAGUCAGUGCACAGUGAAAUUACCACCAAUACCACCAAGGGCGAGGCCCACGGUAACUUGUUUCACCUGCGGGGUACAAGGGCAUGCGAGUAAGGACUGCAUGAACAACUCACGUAGGUACACCACAUAUCAAACACAAAAAAAAAACGCCAAUUUACCACCAACGCAACCACAUGAAUCGGUGGUAAUCACAGCGGUGAAUAGUGACACGGGAAAUGUUUCUAUUGAAGUUCAGAUUGAAAAUGAGAGUGUAUUAGCCUUGAUGGACACGGGGGCAGGGGUAUCUCUUGUAUCGCGUGACGUUGUAGACAAACUUAGAAAGAAACACAUUACUCCAACAAAUAAGGUAAUUCGCAAUGCGAGUGGAGAUGAAAUGUUGACUUCAGGAAAGACUAAGCUAACUUUGACAAUUGGAGGUAAGAUAUACACACAUGAUUUUGUGAUCAGUGAAGAUAGAGCCUUGCCAUCACAGAUAAUAAUAGGUUUUGACUUUAUGAAAAGAUAUAAUGUGAAUCUAAAUACCAAACCUCUGCAAUUAUAUAUUGAAGGAAGGAGAAUUGUUAUUGUAGAAAUACCCAUGAUGCAUGCCAUCAUGAUAACUGAGAGAAGUGAAAAGGAAGCAGUAACAAAUGAAUCAAAGGAUAAUCCCAGUUAUAAAUGCUCAGUAGCUCAGACAUCAAUAUUACAAGGAGUACGAGUGAGUUAUGUGACCUUAGAAACAAAGUUAGUGGAUAGUGAUAUCGCUAUAUUCGAGCCAGUUAAAGGAGUUAUAGGGUCUCAGUUUUUAUGUCCAGGUUUAGUGAAAUUAGAAAAUGACAUGGAGAAGAAGAAAUCUAGGUUUGUGGUGAGGUAUAUAAAUUUCUCGAGUGAACAUGUGCCGUUAGAGCCAGGGAAAACAUUAGGCUACUUACAGUCAUGUCAGAGUGAGGUUCUGCCAAGCGGGAGUGAUGAAUAUACAGUGAAUGGUGUGACAGAAGAAAAUGAAACAGACAAAAUGAAGGCCUUUUCAGAAAUCAUUAAUCACAUGUAUCCUGAGGGAACAAGGAAAAAUCAAAUAUUGAAAGAAUUAGUUGUUAAAUACUCCUCUGUCUUUGCUAGUGAUGACGACAUUCCAAGUAUAUCACCCUUUUUCUACCACACCAUUCAGUUACAGUCCAGACCUACGUCCAAGAAACCUUAUCCCAUCCCAGCUUGUUUUUAUGAUAAGACUGUGGGGCUAUGCAUGGGAUACGUUCAAGCCUGGGAUGUACCCCAAAGCUCACCUCCUCAACAAGGGAUGAGUUUCUCCCAAGACCAUCAACUACUUGUAACUGGACAAGCUUAUGUGGUGCCUUUUUUGUUGAAAUUGGAGGAUAUCUAUGAGCCAAUUAAAAAAGCCAUCAAUAUCACUCAGAAUAUAAUAUAUAAUUUAGAUAAAAUUGCAGGAGAUGAUCUUAUCAUCAAUCAGAAUAUGAUAUAUAAUUUAGAUGAAAUUGAGGGAGAUGAUUUUAUCUUGUUUACCUCUUUGAUUUCUCAGCAUAUCCUGGCUUUUCAAGAAAGAUUAAAAAAUUUGCAUGCUUCAAUGCAGGAUUUCCUAAUGCAUAUUGUGGCCAAUGACAUUCCUCAACCUAGAAGAAAAAAAGGGGAGCAAUAAAUUUUAUAGGAUCUUUUGCAAACACAUUAUUUGGGACUGCUACACAAGAUCAAGUUGAUAUUAUUCAUAAAAGAUUACAAUCGUUAGACUCCUUCACAGAAGAGGAAAGAAAACUCCUCAAUGUUCAUUCCCAUGUUAUCAAUGUCACUCUCAAUGAACUAACAAAUGUUCAUCAAACAUUGGAAAAACUAGAAACUGCUACCCGUGUUACUAAGACCCUUAUGACUAAGAUGGAAAAACAUAUAGAAAAUAA